AUCCUCGCGUGCCGGCCCUCAGCUCCAGCAAGUCUACCACAGCCCUCCCCAGUGCAGCGCGAGCGCGGGCCAGAGCGCAGCGGCCGCGGGCACUCCAGGGAGGCCCGGGGGCGGGCAGCCCGGCGGCCGCCUAGCUGCCCCCAGCCAGGGCCCCGGGAGGGAGGGGCUCGGACGGGCCACAGAAACUUACCAAGAACUAACACGCGCAGCCCGGCAGUCCCGCUGCCCACUGCGGCGGCGAGCAUGGACACGGUGCUGCUGGAGCACUUCCCCGGGGGCCUAGACGCCUUUCCUUCUUCGUACUUCGACGAGGACGACUUCUUCACCGACCAGUCUUCACGGGAUCCCCUGGAGGACGGCGAUGAGCUGCUGGCGGACGAGCAGGCCGAGGUGGAGUUCCUUAGCCACCAGCUCCACGAGUACUGCUACCGCGACGGGGCGUGCCUGCUGCUGCAGCCCGCGCCCCCGGUCGCCCCGCUAGCGCUCGCCCCGCCGUCCUCGGGGGGCCCCGGUGAGCCAGACGACGGCGGCGGCGGCGGCUACUGCUGCGAGACAGGGGCGCCCCCAGGCGGCUUCCCCUACUCGCCCGGCUCGCCGCCCUCGUGCCUGGCCUACCCGUGCGCCGGGGCGGCAGUACUGUCUCCCGGGGCGCGGCUGCGCGGCCUGAGCGGAGCGGCGGCUGCGGCGGCGCGGCGGCGGCGGCGGGUGCGCUCCGAGGCGGAGCUGCAGCAGCUACGGCAGGCGGCCAACGUGCGCGAGCGGCGGCGCAUGCAGUCCAUCAACGACGCCUUCGAGGGGCUGCGCUCGCACAUCCCCACGCUGCCCUACGAGAAGCGCCUCUCCAAGGUGGACACGCUGCGCCUGGCCAUCGGCUACAUCAACUUCCUCAGCGAGCUCGUGCAGGCCGACCUGCCCUUGCGCGGCGGUGGCGCGGGCGGCUGCGGGGGGCCGGGCAGCGGCGGGCGCCUGGGCGGGGACAGCCCGGGCAGCCAGGCCCAGAAGGUCAUCAUCUGCCAUCGGGGCACCCGGUCCCCCUCCCCCAGCGACCCUGAUUAUGGCCUCCCUCCCCUAGCAGGACACUCUCUGUCAUGGACCGAUGAGAAACAACUCAAGGAACAAAAUAUUAUCCGAACAGCCAAAGUCUGGACCCCAGAGGACCCCAGAAAACUCAACAGCAAAUCUUCCUUCAACAACAUAGAAAACGAACCACCAUUUGAGUUUGUGUCCUGAGAAGUCCCAGACUCGGCUGAGGAUCUGAUUAUGUCUCUGUGCAUAUUGUACAUGUAAAUAUCUAUAAUGUAAAUGUAAUUUAAGAAUCAAAUUUUUCUAAUGGCAAUCAACUGUUUAUUAUUUAUCUAUUUAUUAUCCUGUUGAGUUGAUGAAAUAGAUGAUUUCUUUUUAAAUAUAUAAUUUAUAUAAUUUAUCCUGAUUUUCUGAAAAUAUGCAAUAGCCUAUGAUUUUCCUGAACUCUGUGUUGUUGGGAGAACUCUGGCCAGAAAACGUCCUGCUUAUUUAUUGCCAGAUAUGGUUUAUUUCUAAGCGUUGUCAAUAAAUGCUAUUUACACCUUU